AGCCCACCGCACAGCCGCAGUCGGUGCCAAUGCUCGUGCAGACGGUAAAGAGCCGCUAAUGCUGCUGGAGGUAACGCGCCGCAAAAAGCAGCGAUUAUCCGCCCGGGCAUCAUCGCAUCCGCAUCGCGCAUUCAUCCGUGCGGCGCCGCACCUGCGAUCAGCGCUGCCAUUUAAUACAAUGGAAAGACAACAAGCUCGUAAAAACAUCUAGAAAAGGCGUCUCUCAUCCAAGAGACAAGACCUUAUAUGUUUGGGCCUGCAUCAGACAAAGGGACAGAUUUUAAGGAAUAAUCAAUUAUUCUGAGAUUGGAAAUGGAUGUUUCUGAGUGAAAAGAGGCAGAAUGAGCGAGGAGGUGGCAGUUUCCAACAGCUGGCUGACCCAAGAACCCACCUGGGGCAGUAGUGGUGCGGGAAGCCCAGAGAACUUCACUAUGGGAACAUACCCACCUGCCGUCGUCCUGCCAGCGAGGCCACCUGCCGAACUCCUCAUGAACCCGUGGGACAUCGUGCUGUGUUCUUCUGGUACCUUGAUAGCCUGCGAGAACGCCCUGGUGGUUCUGGUCAUCUGGCAAAACCCGGCUUUGCGCGCCCCCAUGUUUUUGUUGAUCGGCAGCCUGGCUCUUGCAGACCUUCUGGCUGGCCUGGGUUUAGUCCUGCACUUCACAUUUGCUUACCUGCUGCGCUCCGACUCGGCACAGCUCCUGACUGUCGGUCUGGUGGUGGCCUCCUUCUCUGCAUCCGUCUUCAGUUUGCUGGCGAUCACCAUCGACCGCUACCUGUCCCUGUAUUACGCCCUUACCUACAACUCCGAACGUACCGCUGCCUUCACAUACACCAUGCUUGUGCUUCUGUGGGGGGUUUCAUUGUGCCUGGGCUUGCUGCCUGUUACCGGUGUAAACUGCCUGGGGCAGGAAGCCAACUGCAGUGUGGUGUGGCCGCUAACAAAAAACAACGUCGCCGUUUUGUCCGUAUCGUUCCUUUUGCUGUUCGGCCUAAUGCUUCAGCUUUACGUGCAGAUCUGCAAAAUUGUCAUGCGACAUGCACACCAAAUCGCCCUCCAGCACCACUUUUUGGCUGCGAGUCCCCAUUACGUCACGACGCGGAAGGGCGUCUCUACCCUGGCGAUCAUUCUGGGCACAUUUGCUGCCUGCUGGAUGCCAUUUACCGUGUACGCUCUCAUAGCUGAUUACACUUAUCCGCCUCUGUACACCUAUGCCACUCUGGUACCCGCCACCUAUAACUCCGUCAUCAACCCCGUAAUUUACGCCUUCCGAAAUCAAGAGAUCCAAAAAGCACUGUGGCUGGUGUGCUGCGGUUGCAUCCCUGCCAGUGUGGCCCAUCGGGCACGGACACCAAGUGAUGUCUGAUACAGGAGACUCCUCUGGGCACAGAUUUCGAAAGCAGGACACCUCGGGAAUAGCACAGUCCUAGCCACGCUCCGUCUCCAGUGACAGAGAUCACAGAUUCCAAACCCUGGGUGAGAGGGGCGUUUGCGUUACCCGUUACUGUCUUCCCCAAUUUGUUAAGUGACAACCACUGCCACGCAAUCAUUCGCCGGAUCCUGAUUCAACCAGCUGCCACACCCUGUGGAAAAAAGGGGGCGCGAAUGGAUGUUGUGUGGCCAGCAGCUGUAUAUAUGUGUGUGUUUAUAUAUAUAUAUAUAUAUAUAUAUAUAUAUAUAUAUAUAUAUAUAUAUAUAUAUGCCUUUGCAUUUCUUGUGGUUGUAUAAGCUUGGCCACAGUGGCAGCCCUGUCGCACACGCAGUGAGGGAGGAGGAUGAGGGGCGGCACGAGACCGUCCUCCUGACUGGAUCCCGAAGCUCAUUCAUCUCGUCCUGCUGCUGCUGCAUUCAAGAACGUGCACUGCACGUUAAGUAACCGCGGAGUGCUAAAAAUAGACCAGGCGCUCUGUGAUCCGGGCCACGCGGCCUCAGAAGAAACCAACCUGGAGAGAGAAAAAGGGAGAGCGGCGCCCUCUCUCUUCUGUUUGUCACCUCACUUUAAAUCUCAACCCGAGCGUGCCCGAAUGUAAAAUUUCCGAAAACCAUGAAGAGCUAACUACAAUCUCAGAAUGAGAACCACUCCAGAAUUAACCGCACCCAUCGAUGCCUUUGAGUUUGUUACGAAAGUUUAACUGGCAGUGUUUUUUCUCAUCCGCAUCCUCUUCCAUACAGUAAAUGCGAGAUGAAAAUGACUGGAGUGCGGUAGAAAGUGUUUUUUAUGUUAAUACAAGCACCCCCUUUUUGAAAGGCGGCUUACUUCAAAGGACUGUUGAGUACAAACGUGCAUUAAGUGGCUGAUAAUAAGGAACUUGUUUAUAUGCGGUGACGUGGUGGAUGGAAGCGAAUGUAUUUUCUAUUGAUUUGCUUUUAAUUUACAUUGUGCCCACAAUGCUCUGAAUAGAGCCCUGGUCUUUUUAUUACAUCUAUUUGAUAAUAAUGACUAUUGGAUAGAGGAUAGUUAUUACACAAUGGUAAUUAAUAGCAUUUGGCUUAGAAAUGCAUGUGUUGGGUUUGUAAAGAAGGAUGAUUUGGCCACAGCAUCUGACAAAUUUUAGUCCAUGAACCCUAUCGAAAACAUGUUUGUGUCCCAUUUUUGCCCAAAAUGAAAAGAAAAAAUAUGCAGUGGCAGUUUGGAUAAAAAUGUAAGCAUAGUUUAGGACCAAUACAAUUGUUUGGAUUAUAAGUUACAAAAAACAUGGUUACUACAUUGUUAAGAGAAAAUGUACAAAAGCUGUCACUGGCACUGUACCUUUUAAAAAGGUCUUAAUAUGUACAAUCAGGUACAGAAAUUCACCUUUGAGGUACUAAUAUGGACGCUUUAGAUAGAUAGGUGUACUUUUUAAAAGGUUAUCGCCCCAGUAAUACCAUUUGCGCCAUUUUUCUGAGUGUACAUUUAAAGGAUUAGUCCAUUUUCUUAAAAAAACCCAGAUAAUUUACUCACCCCCAU